AUGUUCCUGACAUCUUCACUUCCCCUCCUCCCUCCUCCACCGACAUCCCUGCUCCCGCCUCUCACCACUUCAUUCUCGUCAUCCGAGGCCUCUUCGACAGCAUCCCAUCAGCAUCAACAUCCUCACCAGCAUCCGUCGUCCUCUCGCCGCCCCAAACCACACCAUGCAAACAUCAACAACAGGAACAGCACACUUGUCGCCCUUUCUUCUGAUGAACGAACCAUCUCCCAACGGAAAAUGGCCAUCGCAAUGUACGGCUAUAGUUGGCUCAAGCCGGCAGGGUGUGCCAAGACGAUGCUGGGGAGACGGGAGGAAGAGGUUGAGAAGGAGGAAGUCGAUCGGCAAUUAAGAGAGGUGGAGCUCCAGGAGAGGCUGGCGCAGGAAGCGGAGGAGCAGGAAAGGCUGGCGAGGCUUAACGAGACGGGAGAGGGCGAAAUGGAGGUUGGGGAGCGAGAUCUGGAUGAGGAUAUUCCGGACGCUGAUGAGGCGGACAUGGAUGGGGAGGAAGAUGGAGGAACUGAGGAGGAAGAUGGUGAUGAAAUUGACGGGGGCGAGGAUGACGAGGCAAUGCAAGCGGACCUUGACGACGAAAUUCCCGAUGCCGACGACCAGGACGACGAGGACGAGGACGAGGAUGACGAACCAAUGUCGCCAGAUCCCGCAGGCGCGGACGGCAACUGGGUCUACGACACUCGUCGGGAGCCGGACACGGACGACGAAGAACAAUUGCCCCAUCCGCCUCCAAGCAAUCGCCAUCCCCCAGGUCGUGCUGCCGCUGGGAGGUAUGGCAGGCAUGCGACAGUUGCUGGCGUGCGUCUCACAAUUCCAGGAAGUGAAUAUGGUUACGAUGAGCGGGAUGCCGAGGAUUUGGCGGACGCUAUGCUCGCUCAAGACGAGAUCUUUGACGACCACGCUACGAGGAGCAGCAGUGCUGCCAUCGUCGAGCAUGAUCUAGAUGACGAUGUUCCUGAAGCAGACGAUGAGCAAAUCUGGGAACAUACGGACACGGAACUCGAUGAGAGUGAGAUGGAUAUCUCCAUUCUUCCUGGUCAAGAUGCCGGCCCGAGUAUGACUGGAAUGGUUCAAGCUCAAAAUCUACGGCCUCCUCGCAGUUCUGUCCGUAUGUCGGUGCCUCGCAGUUCCGGACCAUGGAUCACAGGACCUUCGCCUUCACCUCAAGCACCAGGAGAGACAACGACCCGGCGCGGAAUGCACGCCAGGCCCACUCCCGACGCCGCAACACGCGCCGCAAGGAUCGUGUCGGGGAACCGGCAACGUCAUUACACUCAUGGUCCACCGAAUGCGAAUGCAAGGCACCAAUUCACCCAGACGCCAGCGAUGCUGGAUAGCCCGCUCGACGUUGACGAGGAAGAAGUCGACACCGACCUCGAACUGGAUACACCUGAUCCGGUUGCCGGCCCCAGUGAUUUGAGGGGUGGUUUUGCUGCGGGUCAAAUGGCUAGACGGGAGACUACGAACAGAGGCGGUGCAGCCCGACCCGAAGCAGAUAACAACAAUCAAAGCCCAAGUCGCGCUGCUGCGGCGCGUAACUGGCUCGACGGAGCAGCGGCAGCGGUUGUGGGAGGGAGCGGAGGUGCCAGAAGAACAUUGUUCCAGCGUGCGACGAGGAGAAGAAACAAUGUCGACACGCAGGACACCGCCACGCAGCCUGCCUCCAGCGGUGCCUCCAGCGGCGGCCUGUUCACCCCCUCCCCUCACACUGGGGGCACCGCAUUUGCUCGCCCUGGGGGAGCAGCCCUGGAUUGGGAUACACCCCUUACCGCAAAUACAAAUGCAAGCGCGAGCGCGGGUGAGGGAUCUUCAACAAGUCAAGGUCGAGACCAUUCGCAGAGCGGACCCCAAAGGGCGAGACGCACGGGGCGGUUUCUGGGCGCACGGAGACGAGUUGAAUGA